AUGCCGAAGCAGUCAUCCUGUGGUACUUGCUCCAAACUAGUCGGAUACCGUGCAAAUGCCCUCACGUGUGUUUUGUGCCAAGUUAAAUACCACAUUUCAUGUGUUGGAUUAUCAGUUGAGCAUUUUCAUCGUCUUCGCAAGAUCCAACACGAUUUCAUCCAAACUGUAUGUGAAAAUUGCCGAAAUAAGAUACAGCCAGAAAGAGUAAAGCCGACGUGUAGGCCUCAGCGUUUCGUUGCGAACAGCUCCGUGUGUUUGGCCCAACAACCUAGCGCGAAGAGCCUUCAGGUUUCGACUCAGUCGUCCUCCUCUACCCGUGCAAACUCACCGACACCAAGUCCAACCGUUGUGAGAAGCCCAGUUGCACCUGGCCUAAAUUGUUUACCUUUGUUGUGUCCAACGGACACUGAUGUCCCAGCAGGUGAAAGUCUGAGUGCUGAAGACCAGUGGAAAGAACAAAGGACGAAAUUACGAAGGAACGUUGGGUGUUUACGUUCUGUAAGUCAACAGUUAGCCAAACCACGUGAGGCUGGUAGUAUACUUUGCCCUGCAAGGCCAACCUCAUCCUACCAGAGGCGUUAUAAUCUCGUGAUCUUUCACGCACCGGAGUCCAGUGAUCCAUCACCUCAAGUGCGCUACGAUCACGAUGUCGAGUUUUUACAGGGUUUAAUUGAUAGACUCCUCGACGCUGGUGAGGACUCGGUAAAAGUGAGACAGAUUACUCGUCUUGGAAAGCAAGGUGAUCAACAUAAUCGGCCUAUGAGAAUCACUUUUGUGGACGAAGCCACUCCAAGACUGAUCAUGUCUCGCCUAAGUAGGCUGAAAGGUUUGAAGAUCCAUGUUCGUCCCGACCUGGACCCAGUAGACAGGGAGCGGCUCAAGUCUGCCAUCAUUGAGUUGAAAAGACGCACUGGUGAGGGAGAAACGAAUCUUCGUAUCGUAAAUUUUCGGGUGGUUUCCAACAAUCCGCGAAUCAGGAUAAACAGGCUGCUCACACUUCAAGCACGCCCGGCGGCUUCUGCUGCGGCCUGCGAGUAG